AUAUAUUUUAUUGUUUAAAUCAUAUUUUUAAUACUCUACGAACCACGUGAUUUUCAGCACCAAAUGAGAUUUAUAUCCGAUGGGUGCGUUUGUUUUUCUCCUCUGCUCGUGCCUGUCUGCAGUCUACCGAGUCUUCACCGUGGCAACGACGUCGACAAACACCACCGCUCGCUUUUCGUUGGUUCCGCGGGUAGUUAAAUCAAACACCCCGCUUCGGUGACGGCCGCUAGUGUGAAUGUUGUUAGCUAGAACCCAUAUAUUUAUCCUACUUUAUUAUCUAGUAUUUGUCAGAUAUAUGAGGUUUUUUUUUUUUAAAUCCCCGGCCGGUAUUUCGUGAAUGGUUAAUUCCACCGACUGAGCUCCUUCGUACAUGAUAGAGAGGCGAAAACAGGCGUUUCUUCUCGUCAAAAAUACACAGAAGCCAAAUGGUGAGUGAUAACAGAUGUCCGUAUGAGUGUGUUUGUGUUGACACAUCCGUGCCUCCACCUGUGUGUGUGUGUGUGUCCUACCACCAAGGCAACCAGUGCCAAGAGGCCAUCUCUGCAGGGUCCGGUGCCCCCUCCCCGGAAGAAGACAGCCCCCAAGCCGGAGUUGACAGAGGAGCAGAAGCAGGAGAUCAGAGAGGCCUUCGAGCUCUUCGACACUGAUGGGUCUGGAUACAUCGACGUGAAGGAGCUGAAGGUGGCAAUGAGAGCUCUGGGCUUUGAACCAAAGAAAGAGGAGAUCAAGAAGAUGAUYGCAGAGGUGGAUAAGGAAAGCACAGGAAAAAUCUCCUUCAGUGACUUCCUGUCAGUCAUGACACAGAAAAUGGCGGAGAAGGAUUCCAAAGAGGAGAUCAUGAAGGCUUUCAGGCUGUUUGACGAYGACGAGACGGGCAAGAUCUCCUUCAAGAACCUGAAGCGAGUGGCCAAAGAGCUGGGAGAGAACCUGACAGACGAGGAGCUGCAGGAGAUGAUCGACGAAGCCGACCGGGACGGAGACGGAGAAGUGAACGAGCAGGAGUUCCUGCGGAUCAUGAAGAAAACCUGCCUGUACUGACGCACCAGUGUGACGUCAGGGGCGGCGAUGCGAAGUCGAUCUGACCAGAUUGAAAUAGUGUUUAUAUGUAACGCAGUGUGUUUGGAAAACUCUUACAGCUAUGUUGUGCCAUUCACUUUACCUGAAACCAGUCAGACUUAGUCAGCCAUCGCAGGCAAGCUAAGUUGACAUUAAUGAAAAUGUAGUUUAUUUAUUGCUUAAAUACUCAAAGUAGCUGCAGGAGAAGCAGCGACCAACACGAUACAUUCCAAGGCUUUAUUUGAUGGCAGAACUUGUGCGUUAUGUUCAACCAAUCUGCAGAUAAUUUAUGCUAGGUGUUGUGUUUUGACUCAGUUUUAAGAAAUUUGUAAGGAUUAUUGUCAGACGAGCAGGAAGUGCUCCUUUCUGACCUGUGCCUCCUAAUGAUGAGACCGUCACGUUUAAAGAAAUGACUCGACAAACCUCACAGACCUGCAAACCCUCCACCUUUAAGCUAUGAAUGUUGCUGGAUUUAUCCAUGAAGUAUUUAUCCUUCUGUUGUGCACAUUUCCUGUUUUGUAUAUUGUGAACUGAUGAGUAAUUAUACACCGUACAGAGUAAUUAAAUAUAAUGAAGCAGUUUA